AGCAGAAGUAGAGGGCAAUGGUGCGUCUCGGCCGUGCUUGUGAUGAUCGUUGUUGCAGUUCAGGCAAGUGCGCAGGCUCCACCGCAGGUGACUAUCCGCUAUGUCAUCUACGCAGGCUCUGGCUGCACUUAUGAGAACACCAACUACGUGCUGUCGAACGACUACAAGACAGCGACGUUCAUGUUCGGCGGGAUGGUUGCGACCACGGACGGAUCACUCGCUGACAAGAGGAGGAAUUGCCAGAUGUCCUUCUCUCUGAACUACCCGGAUGGCUGGAGCGUCUCCAUCGGUCGGGCCACGGGCCGCGUGUUCGCUGACAUCGCAGAGCGCUCCGAGGGCAUCUACGAGACACAGUACUACUUCUCCGGACAAAUGGGUACGGCAAUGAUCGAGCGCAAAAUCACAGGCCCAAAGGUUGGCAGCUUCGAGUUCACAGACGACUUCCUGACGCUUGUCUGGAGCCAGUGCAACAAAGUGCCCAACCUGAACAUCAAGACGGUGGUGAGAGUGGAGGGCGAGAAGGCUGUGAUGGCGCUCGACUCCCACGGUACCAAGUUCCAGCUCAUCUUCAACCUCCAAUGGAGGCAGUGUCCGCGGAGCUGAAGAAUCACGCUCCAUCUUCCAUGUCGAGGUUGGCGGGUCGCUGGAGGCGAUAAGAUGCUAAGUUUGAGAGACGAGGGUAGUUGAGGCGUUGAAUCG